CACAAUGCCAAUGGACGCGAAGGGCGCCGCCCCGGCGAACCGUGCGAACGAAUGAAGAAACCCACUUUCCUCCAUCUGCGGGCUGGCCAAAGCUUCCGGUCGCUUCGCGCGGCGCCCGGCUCUUGGGCGAGCGGACCGCGACUUUUUGGCAGGCCUCGGCGUGUUUCCUGCACGCGCCCCCCCUCCCUCUCGGCGAGGAGCUUUUGCCCGCGCGGUUGCGUCGCGUGGCUACUUGGCCUGCCACAAACCCCGGAGCACCAUCUGUGCGAUCUGCUUUCGCAACACGCAGGCAAUUUUUUAAGGCACAACAGCGCGGGUACGCAGUCUUGGUUCCGGCCUGCGCUACGCUUCCAAGUAUCGAAGCGUCAUGACCCCAGCUCGCGUGCGACACCGCGUCAACCGGCUUUCCGCACAAGCCACCGCAUCACCGCCCUCAGCUUCGGAAAGAAAAGAGUUCCGCACCUGGGUGCUGCACUUUCUGGAUGCGACGGCGUCCCAGAUCCGCGCUGAGGAAUUAGUCAACACGAUCACAGGCUGGCACGAGUCUUGCAGUGGAACGGCGGUUUUUGCCGCGAGCCACUGUCGCGUUGUCGUCGGAGAUCCGAGCACAACAUUCACACACUGUCUUUUGUACGAAUAUACUGACGAGCCUGAAAGUGGGCUUAAAACGAAUCUGCCACGCUCGCUAGAACUCGGCUUGUCGCAACUACAGCAGGACGCAGCGGCUUCACCAUUCGCAACCACUUCCACGGGAGCCAGCGACGUCGUCCCAGUUGCCCUUUCUUGUCCGCAGUUGCUACUGACGAUUGAUCCCGGCUGGUUUCACCUGGACCGCGCGGCGCCCGAACCAACCGCGACAAUCACGAACUGGUCAGCGGAGCCUGCGGAGGUCUUGAACGCAGAAAUCCCCAGCGGUUUGGUGGGAGACAGAACUCCGGGAAAUCAGGUGGGGAAAAGUGCGGCGACUCUCGAACAGCUAAGGGCGUUUCUUUCGGAUGUGGAAUUGGGAGAACAAAAGCCCGGGCGGGGUAGUUUGUGGCACGUCAACCUGCUGCGCUUCGAGGACGACGCGGAAAAGCGGUCGCUGUACCAACAAUACGCGAAAGCGCAAGGCGGCAGGAAGGGCGUGCUCUCGCAAUUUGGCGCGCGGAGCACACUGGCCGCCAAGGUUUGGGGAACUUGGGAGCGUGCACGGAGCGGGGAAUCGUUCAAGCGACGCGCUCCGGAGCGCAGUUUCGAUCAAGUAAUAAUUGCGGAGUAUCCAUCGCGCGACGCGUUUCUGGCAAUGGGCGCGAGUGAACAGUAUCGGGCUGUGAGUAAGCUGCGGCACGACGCGCUGGCAGAAACGUUUAUUAUCUCGAUGCCGAAGCCCGACGUUUUGCGAUCAGAAAGAAUUUCGCGUGCGGAUGAAAAAAUUUGACGUCAUUUCUUGAAUUUAGUAAAGAGUGAAUUAAGAUCAGUGACAGCUCGCGCUCAAUAGAAAACACUAAAAUGAUUGGAGGACUUCGAAACAGUAUCAUGCCAAAAUGCGAACAGAUAGUGCCUGCG